CUACACCAGAACUAUAAAAGAGAAUCGUAUUCAGGGGUCUUUACACAGCACAACCAUGUGGCACCUGCUUCUCGUCACUCUGCUCUGUGGAGGUCCUGCGGUGCUGGCUGGCAAGAUUUCCAUUGAGGAUGGAUGUGCCAAAGGUCCUACAUAUUGGUGCAAGAACCUCGUGACGGCCAUCCAGUGUGGUGCCUGGGAACACUGCAUGCAGGCUGGAUGGAACAGUGCCACCCAAGAAGACACUUGUGCAGACUGCAAAGAGAUUGUUACCAUCCUUGUUCGCAUGGCCAAGGAGUCAACUUUUAAGGUAACCCAGAAGGCCAUCCAGAACUACUUGAAACACGAAUGUGCGGCUUUUUCACUUCAGACCUUAAUCCCAAGAUGCCAGGAGCUAGUGGAUACCUACUAUUCUCUAUUCAUCACCGCCUUAGAAGGACAGAUUCAACCCGACGCUGUAUGUGCAAAGUUUGGCCUCUGCCAGUCUGACCCACUGGAGAGCAAGGACAUCUUUGGUCUGCUGGUUCAAAAGAUGGCAGAACAGAUCCAGCUACUGCAAGGCAAAGCUUUUAUUAUGCCCAACAACAAGACCCAGGAUAAUCCCAAGGAGGAGCUGCUCUUCCCUUGGCCCUGGCGUUAUGUUUUGCCUCAGUGUUGGCUGUGCAAGAACCUUGUAGGCCGGAUUGAAUCCAGCCUCCCCAAGGAAGCUAUUGGCAAAUCCAUGGCCCAGCUCUGCCGCUUUGCACCCGGAGCCGCUGCUGGGAUGUGCCAGUGCUUGAUGGAGAAAUACACUGUGACCAUUGUAGACGCGGUUCUGGGCAAGUUGGGGCCAAACCUGAUCUGCGGGAUGAUGCUCAUGUGUGCCACAGAAGAAAACUGUGGCCCAGAGACCUCUCCACUGUCACUCCCUGGCCCAACUGACCGCUGCCAAGCCUGCCUGGCUCUCAAGACCCAGGUGAAGGCAACCCUCAAGCCCAACAGCAGCAGGGCUGAAAUGGAAGCAGCUCUGUUGACAGCCUGCAGCAACACUUUUCGGAGCUGGGAAGAGUGCAAAAGCUUCAUUGAUCAGCAUGAGCCAAAGUUGUUCCUACUGCUUGCCAAGCCUUGGAGCGCCCAGAGGACAUGCCAGGAACUAGGAGCCUGCGUGGCUGAGGAGCCUUUUCCAGGAACUACUGCCUGUGCCCAGGGUCCCACUUAUUGGUGCUCCAGCCUGAGUACUGCUGAGGAAUGCAAGGCUGUGCAGCACUGCCAGGAUCAUGUGUGGCUGUAGCCAAAGAACGGGGAGCCAGCAGCAUACAGCAAAUAGGGGAGGGUUACACAGCCCUGCCCCACAAACCACUUGCUUGGAUUCUUCCUGAUGACUGAUCAUUGUGGCAGGGAAUGAGGGAAACCAUGAAGCUCUCAUACUCUCAACUAUUACAGUUAUGCCUCUUCCCCCAA